AUGGCAAGCAGCAGCUAUGCUUUACUUAAUCCGUCCACCACUAGCCUUCCGUGGGCCUUACCCUUGGAUCCCACUUGCUUCGCUCUCUUCACCCAGAUGCCUCUUGAAGGAGUCACCGGCUUUUCCGUUCCUGAACCCAGCUUACCAGGAGCUGGUCCCGCUAUUGGACUGAGUAAAUCUGAUGAGCCGACCUCGGAGGCUCUUCGCUCUGUUUGGCAAUCAACCUGGGAUGCCCUACUAUCUAAUACGGCACAAACUGGACUCGCAUCAAAUAUUUCAUUGCCUGGGUGUCGUUCAACUAGUUCUAACACCGUAAGCUCAUCCUCCUGGAAAAUGUCACGGGGAUUCCGCGACCUGCAUCAGUCUUUGUUGCCAGUAACAACUCUUUCAGUUCGGCAGACGACUUGCAGUUCUGGUUUUGCGCUCCCUAUGCCUUCAGGAGGACCUAAUUCAACAGUAUCACCUACUCUGGGCCCCGAUUCUGGAGUACCUGUAACCGAGACAGAUUCUCUCCAGCUACACCAACAUAGUUCUCAUCCUCAUCAACAGCACCUCAAUCUUCAGCAUCAACUGAUAAUGAUGCCGGCUUGUGUCAGUCUGUCUGCCCUUACUUGCCUUGACGCUUUUCUGCGGCCACCGUUACUCGAACCAUUAGUGGCCACUCUGGCCGAGACAUUAGAACAUGCCCCGAGUUGGCUUGUCCGCACUCAGGCUGCACAGGCGCUUCUAGCUGUCGCCUCCCGGCUCCUGGCAGAUGAAGCAGAUUCGCAAGUAGCCAGACAACAACGUCGGCAACAGCGACGACGGCAGCAGCAACAACACGAAGAAAAAGAGCAAAUACGUCAGAAGCGUCGACAGCAACGCAAAAAGGAACUAGAUCAUACAUUUGAUAAAUUAUCUACUGAGCAGUCUGAGCUUGGCUCGACUGUACGUAGGCGAAUUCGUCGCUCAGCUGGAACUGAACCAACAACUGUCAGCGAAGGAGCUUAUUUAUAUGCAUCUUGCGGUGCCACAGAAAAGACUUUAGGCCCAUUGGAAUCGAAUGAUCCUUUAUCUGCAGCAGAAAGAAGCACACGCACUUGCCAAUCUGAGAUAAAAGUAGGGGACUAUAGCCGACACGAGAAUGACAUUGACCAGGAUAAGCAUUUAGUGGAUGAGAAUGACUAUGAAGAAGAAGAAGAUCAAGAGCGAGACGAUGAAGUGGGAGAAGAAGGACACGAAGGUGACGAUAAUCCUGAUGAGGGGCCUCAUGAACUUAAUGACGGGUCUGAGGGUGUAAGCCAUUUGAUAUACGAUGGCGCUGAACCAAAUCUGACCACUCAAGAAUCUGUAGAGGAAGAAGGAGUGGGUGAAUAUGAGGAAGACGAAGAGGAUGGGGUAGAAGACGAUAAUUGCGAGGAUGAGGAGGAGGACGAAGAAUAUUCUGAUGAAGACACUUCUGAUAGACUGGAUGAUGAGGAACAAAGAGAUAUGGACCUUCAAAUGGAUGCAGAUGAAGUGCUGAACUUGAUUGCCUGGAGGUACCUUGUACGACUUACUACGGAGGCGAUUUGGCAGAGCAAACCAUGGGCCUCUAAAGUAUAUUUGCUGCGAUCUGUGCGUCUUUUAAUUGGUUUUGCUUUGGAGCAUGAUUUAUUUUCUGAAAAGGAAAACGAAGAAAUAAUCGAUUCAGUUAGUCAUUCUUAA